GUGUCCCGCUAUCGGUCCAUGAGCCAUUAUUGGGUAUUGUGCGAGGUGUAAAUAGAAAUAGUAAACCAACCGAGACGACAAAUUGAAUCAAAGCUUCAGACGUGUCGGGAAUAAAAAGAAUUAAGAUGAUGUACUGUAGGAGGAAUGAGUAGUGGUGGCUAGUGCAGUAAAGUAGGGACAAAAGGAGGAGGUGGGAUAGAGUAGAUAAAAAGUAGUCCGACUGGAACACGCGGUAGUUUCUUGUGUUCUUUCGUUCUUUCCAUCACGAGUAAGACGCUUUCUAUUGGACUCGAACUUCGUUUCAUUACAUUUUAAUAAUUCUUUUAUUUAACUUGUUUUAUAAUCAAAUUGCCUUAUUGUAGUGUAAGGCGGAACGGACCUUAUACACAUCGGGUGUCCUAAAGGGACAGGAAUUUUUGAACCUAAAAAUACGAAGACAGUAAACAAUAAGAUAAUUCUUUUACAAAAUUAAAAUCAGCGAAGGAAAACCCGUUAAUCAUGUUAGAUUCUGUUGCUGCCAAAAUCAUUGCAGUUAUUCCGUGCAUUAUCCUUGUUUUGAACGUGAAAGAGUCGAUCAAAAUGCCUGGUCAAUUAGAAGAGAUUCAAUCGAAGCGGGCUACGUUCGGAAUGGGCUGCUUCUGGGCAGGUGAUUGCCUUUUUGGAGUCCUACCAGGUGUGAUUAGGACUAGCGUGGGUUACGCAGGUGGACAAAAAGAAGUACCAACUUACAGAAAUAUGGGUGACCACACAGAAGUCGUUGAUAUCGAGUAUAAUCCCGACUUGAUAUCGUACUCGCAGUUACUGGCAUUGUUUUGGAAGAAUCACGAAUACGGUCUUACUACAAAGAUCAAGAGACAGUAUAUGUCGUUGAUUCUGUAUCACGAUGAUGAGCAGAAAUCAUUAGGCGAGAAGUCACGUGAACAAGAACAGCGCAAACAUACAGCUCAAAUCCUCACUGAAGUUAGAAAGUUUGAAAAAUUCUAUCCUGCUGAAGACUACCAUCAAAAAUAUCGUCUCAGAAGCCAUCCAUGGCUAAUGGAGACGACCGGUCUCAAAAGCGACGAAGCUCUUCGAAAUUCUCCUCUAGCAGCUAAAUUAAAUGGUUACAUAGCUGGUGCUGGAACAAUCGAACAAUUUCAAAAAGAAUUACCAAAGCUUGGUUUAAGCGAAAAGGCGUCUCAGUAUUUGCAAAAAUAUGCAAUUGAAAAUCAAGGAAAUGGUUUGUACUGCUAGUUGAAAUUGGAGGUUUUGCAUAUGGAAUUCAUAACGCUCUCAUUUUCCUUGUUAUCGAAUAUAUUCCACCGGCAGGAUAUUCAAUGUAUCGUCGUUUACACAUAUUUGAAUACAUGAUGCAAUUAUUCGCAUACUCAGUAAUUUAUAGAUGCAACAAUAUAUUGAGGAGUGCUUAGAUACCACGUAUCUUGCGAAGCACUAGAGUAUAACAGUAUUUCAGUUUGCAAACCGUUCAAAAGUAAGCUUUUAGUAAGAACGCUAGACAGGCUGUGAACGAUAUGUAAUAGUUCUUUUGCUUCAUUUGCAUAAACGUCAUGUACGCUCGAUAAGUUUUAUACAAUUAUGGAAAUAUAUAUAAAUAUUCUUUGUGGAAACAAUCGUGGAGCCUACAAUUAAAAAGAAUUUUUCGAGCA